CUUGCCCUGUCGCAAAUCCACCAUUUUCCCUUUGUAACUAACCGGUGUCCAAAACACGUGCGUACGAUCAAGUUACAUGGGAAACUUGCGUGUUCGCGACUGAAAUCAAUACAUAAACAACACUAAAAAGUGCGUCGCAGUUUUGCCGACAAGUGUUACGUGUUGAAAUAGAAGAAUGAACACCGAAAAGCUGAAGAAGUUACAGUCUCAAGUCCGCAUAGGCGGCAAGGGGACUCCGAGGCGCAAGAAGAAGGUCGUCCACGCGACCGCGGCCACAGAUGACAAGAAACUGCAGUCUUCCCUCAAAAAGCUAUCAGUAAACACUAUACCGGGGAUCGAAGAGGUGAAUAUGAUAAAAGACGACGGCACAGUAAUACAUUUCAAUAAUCCUAAGGCCCAGGCAUCACUCGCGGCGAACACAUUCGCUAUAACCGGUCAUGGAGAGAACAAGCAGAUCGCUGAGAUGCUUCCAGGUAUUCUGAGCCAGCUGGGGCCCGAGGGUUUAAACCAAUUAAAGAAAAUCGCGUCAAGUGUAGCGCCGCCUAAACCGCUCGACGAGGAUGACGAAGUACCUAACCUAGUCGGGAACUUCGAUGAGGCUUCAAAACAGGAGGCCAAGGAAGUGAUUACAGAGGAGAAGGAAACUGAAAAGGAAAAGGAGAAGGAGAAAACGCCUGAGACAGAAACCAAAGCUGCAGAUAAGAAGACAGAUUAAAUUAACCUUCCAUAUAAUGUUUUAGUUUUUUAAUUUUGCUCACCCAAGGUGAUUUAGGGUUUCCAAAGGCGAAGAGGUGUGUCUCAAAUCAUAGAUUACUUUCAUUUUUGUGUUCCUUAUUUGAAUUGUGAACUGUUCUGUUUUAAUCAGUGAUGGUGCCAGUGAGGGACACUUUUUUAAAAAAAGAAUACUUUUAGUCUUUGGAAAUCCUUGUAUACAGCCAAACCCGAUGACUGCUUUUUAUGCAAUCCACUAACAAAAUAGUUAUUAAACCAGCAUAAUGGGGAAAUAUCUAAGUCUAAUGUUAUAGGGCAUAGAUAAGUACUUUAGUAUAUCUGUUGUUAAGAUAUUGGCGGUAUAGAUUCACUAUGUUAUCAUAAUAUAGCAUUUUAUGUGUUAAAAUCAGCGCACUGGUUUAUAAUAAUAAUAUUAUAUGUUUAGAAUGGUGUUGCACACCAAUAAUGAUAUGGAAUUUUGUAAAAAAAAAAAGUAUUUUCUAAUAUUCCUUUCAGAUUUGCUUUCUCAUUUCAUACAAAAAUUUAGGUUUAAAACGAAAGUUAGUCACAGAUGGCUCUAUAGUUAAAGGAGCUGAUAUUGUAUAAUACAAAAAAAAAUUGUAAAAUGUAAAACGGCCGAGUUUGUUAUGAAUUGACAUGACAUAAACUUUUGUCAGAGA